UUCGUGAACCGCUAAACUGCGAUAAGCUGUUUCGCCAAGACAGGCCCGUGCGUGCUCUUACCUAGAGCCAGCUCGUGCUGUGAUUGGCUAUCGACCCUUGCAAUCAGCACUAAUGUCGCGGGGAGUCGAAAUCCGUUUGAACUGUUGAAUGACCUUCAAAAUACUACCCCACAAAUGACAAAGAAAGACAAGUAGAGAAUAUGUCAAUGCUGGUGGAUAGCAGAGCUUUCCAUGUUACGAAUAAAAUUGUUUAUGGAAGGGCUAUGCAGCCGAAGCAAAAUCCAUAUAAACCACAUGCUUGUCCGCGCUGUCACAAGUCCUUCAAAAGCUCCAACGGUUUAAAGUAUCAUAACGGAAAAGCUCAUUCCGACAACUACGUGCAUGAAAUUUCGGCAAAUCAAGUAAUGAGCAAACCUUCCAAGAAACCGAUCCCGCCGGCCCUAGAACUGAGGUCUGGGGUAGACAGUAUGUCUCCAGAGAUGACUCUUCUAACAGAGUUUGCUCUGAUCGCCACAAGCCCACAAAGCCCCUUGAUGCAGACUGGGUACGAUGAGAGGUUUUGUAACCCUCUUCAUCAGGACAGCCCACCACGCCCUGAAGACAGCCCCCCUCCCGGUCUGGUUGACCCGAGAGACAUCGACUACGACAUACCCAGUGUCGAGAGUGAGUUGAGCACAAGCCCAGGUCCUGAUUCUACGACCUAUCGCUACGCCACCCCUCCCCCCACAGUAUGGAACUGCUUCCUAGAUGGUACUCGUGUACAGCUCGAGGGUGAGAGUGAUUGGAGGUUCGCUGAGGAUCUCGGGAAUGACGAUAUCCCACGUGUUUCCUUACCAGAAGAAGGCCUCAAGCUAACCUCGUGCCACCGAGUCGACUUGAACAUGGAGGAAAAGGAGUAUGUUCUCGCAACUUUCCAUUCCACCACCGCCGACCAACCGAGCCUGCGAGCCGAGGUGGCUUGCGGUCAUCCGUUCUUUGUCAAAGCGAAAGGCUGGUCGUCCUUCCGGCCCUCCCUGACCGCAGAGCAGUAUGGGAUCAUCUGUCAGACGCUCGCUUGUGGCGACGUGUGCCUACCCUCAUCUCACCCUGACGUACUCAAGGCUCUGCGCAUGCGUAGAAGCAGUAGCAUGUUCGACUUCACAGAUGUGGAUUCAACGGCCGCUCUGACCCUCAGCUGCAUGGCCAAGGUUCGCCAGGAGCAUAAAACACGUAAAACCAAACUACUCUCUACCCUCCCCCCGCGCAUGCGCAAGACGCCGUCCCAACUACAACAACUGAACAAGAGACCAAUGAACGCCUUCAUGCUAUUUGCAAAGCGUUAUCGACUGGAGAUCACACAAGCCCAUCCUGGCAAGGACAACAGAGCUAUAAGUGUUAUUCUUGGCGACAAAUGGAAGUCGAUGAAGCAAGAGGAACGAAAGCAGUACGUGAUGGAAGCCAAACAACUUGCGGAGGAACACAAAAAGGUGAAUCCUGACUGCUGGAAGAGGAAGAGAUCCGGGCCGCAGGGUCGCAGUAAGGGCAGUGGCUACAGGAGAGUGUGACAAGCCCUGCUCGACUCAAACAUAGUAAUAUAUAGCGUCUUGUCUUCGAUGGAUUAUUUCAGAUUGUUCAACGCACUGAUUGUGGGUUGUGAUGAUUUCAGCUUGCUAACAACUCAUACACAACCAAUUGCAAGAAAAAAAUAAGCUCAUUUUCUUAAUACUAACGUUCUUCUUAGCCCGUUUCAGCUUCGUGUCACCACUGAUUAGAGACUGCAAUACAUAUUGAAUGUCUAUUUUAUUGAUUCAAAUUUUACCAAGUGAUCCUCAAAGUUCUUUCUUUAUACCGCAUGCUUUUUAUUUCAUCACUGUCGCUGUUCUAGUUACAAAAAAUGGGCCAGCUUUUCGGCUAUUUAUACAUGAUUUCGGCCCGUUACAUUAACGGCGCCAUGUUACGUCCUGUUCUAUAUUUAUAGAAUAGUAUAUUGGGUUCUAUGGUAUCCUUCGAAGUGUUUACUAUUAUAAGAAAUAGAGACUAGUUAGUUAUACGUCACGAAAUUAUCGGCGCCAUGUCGCGUUUUGGCGCCAUGUCGCGUUUUGGCGCCAUGUCGCGUUUUGGCGCCAUGUCGCGUUUUGGCGCCAUGUCGCGUUUUGGCGCCAUGACAUGUUUUGGAACUAUUGGCGUCAUGUUACGUUUUUGCGCUGUGUGACGUACUUUCUACACGUCGUCGCUUGUUGGCCCCAUAUUAGGUGUUAUUAUAUUAAUAGCGCUUCCAUGUAAAUAGUUUAUAGAAGAGUGGGCAAAGCCAAAUUUUAUCUAAUUUUAGCUUUUGCGUGGUUUGCAUUAUUUUAUAAUGUAGGUAGUGUAGAUAUGAAAUUGAUGAAAUAAAACCCGUUUAAUCAA